AUGAAUUUCUCCCCUGCGGUUGACGCAGAGGUGCCAGAAACUCCCAAUGGGGUUCCCUCGUCCGAAAAUAGCCCUUAUUUUGCGGACCCGUCAAAAUGCGUAGGGCGUAAAGUGGACUUUUCUGAAGAUUCGUCACGGGACGGCUCCUUCAGACACGCGGAGAACCAUGUGGAUGGAAUAAAAGGACUUGAUGAUCACUACCGCGAAGUCAGUGAAAUGGGAGACAUUGCGAGAAAGGAUCAUUUUUCUCUGGACUCCUCUGAGGACGCAGACACGGCACCCUCUGACGACGCCGUAGUCUGUCCUGCCGUACAAGAGGACAAAUCGCAAAAAGUAUCACACGAACUUAUGUCUUGGAGAGGACAUCCUUUUGUUGCUGACAUGGACAGCGGAGAGGAGGAGAAAGAGAAACAUGAGGAGGAUGAGAAGAAUGAAAAGAAGUGGUGGAACGAGUCCCAGGGUGAGAAAAAGGAGAUUGAGUCUUUACAUCAUUACUCCUCAUCAGCACCCGGUCCCAGCACCUCGUACUCCCGACUGGCGCCAGCUUCCCUCCACUCAGGCGACGAUGCGCCCUGUCCCCCUCACGUCAUGGCCCAAGUUUGGGUCCGCAAUGUCCGAGGGAUGCAGGACAGCAAGAGCCUGGAUGAGAUCAGUCAAGCCUGCGGAGGUGGAGUAGGGACCCGGGGAGCGGGCAGGGGGGGCCAAUCCGAAGGCAGACGUGCAACAAUCUCCUCGGCCCUCGAGCUGGAGGGCACGGUCAGCCACGAGGGAGACCUCACCAACUUUAUCACCAAGAAUCUAGAGCAGAAGAUCAAGAUGAGUUCAAAGCCCAGUUUGGACUGCAGUGACUCUGACUGUUCGGGUCCCAUAUACCGAAGCCGAGGACUGUUACGGCGACUGGCGGACAUCCCGCCCAUUGAUCCGACCGUCCUGGUGGACCUGCAGAGGCACACGCAGGAUAUAGCGCAGAGCGUCGAGAUGAUGAUGCGCAGCCUUAACGGGACCAUUCAGAAUAUGACGGCUCUGAGUGUUGGCUACAUCCAAACAUAUAGAGACUCGGUGGACAGCCUAGGAGAGUCUGUGGACAUGAGUAUCAAGGGCAUGUACACGCUGAUGGCGCGAUGUGAAGAAUUGGACCGAUCCAUGCAGCCCAUUAACAUCCUGGCGGCGCAGAUACGAGACAUUAAACGAACCCUUGAUGCUUUGGAGGCCAUCUGCAAGUAA